AAUAUCACAAAGAAACCCCACUUCUGUGCUCAAAUACAUUGCAUGUGGGAUAUCAUUGCGUGUAAUGUCAUGUACCCGAACCUCAUCCCUCUCACAAUAAAAACUCGCAGAAGACCAAGACUCACCUUUCAAUUCCAUUUCUUCACCGUCCUCCAUUUUUUUUUUCUUUUUUUUUUUUUGCCCUAUCUAAUAGGGUUCCCACGACCUUGUUUGUUCAAUCUUUCUCAUGCAUCCCUGCCUCCGAGCAUUAUUCGUCGCCGUGGUUGCCUUAAUACUCUUCGUUUCUCUUUUUUUUGCUCUCGUUAGAGGGUUUUUUGGUGCAAAGCUCUGCUCUUUCGACCUCUCGGGGUUUUUUGAGCUGUACCCAUGUCUAAGAUCUUUGGUUUCAGUGGUAAUGAUGAUUUUUGCCCUCGGGGGUCAAUAUAUACAAACCCGAAGGAGCGGAGCCUCUUUUUGUCCCUUGGUAAUCAUGUGGAUGUCUAUUUUCCCUCACGCAAGAGGUCUCGUGUCAAUGCUCCGUUUGUUUUCUCAGAAAAGAGGUUUGAGCAGAAGAAGCAAACCUCUCUUGAUGUUUUGCCAGACGAAUGCCUCUUUGAGAUCUUCAGAAGGUUGCCUGGAGGUGAGGAAAGGAGUUCUUGUGCUUGCGUUUCAAAGCGCUGGCUUAUGCUUGUAAGCAAUAUUCGUAAAAAUGAGCUAAACAAUGAGAAAUCCAAGUCUGAAGAAGAAAUCGAUGAAACAAAGGGUGAAGAUAUGGAAAUUGAUAGUGAUGGAUACCUUUCCAGGAGCUUGGAAGGGAAAAAGGCGACGGAUGUUAGACUUGCUGCUAUUGCCGUUGGAACAGCUAGUCGAGGAGGACUGGGGAAACUUUUUAUCCGAGGAAGCAAUUCUAUUCGUGGGGUCACAAACAUUGGCCUCAAGGCAAUAGCCCAUGGCUGUCCUUCACUAAAGGUUCUUUCUUUAUGGAACGUGACUUCAAUUGGGGAUGAAGGUCUAUGUGAGAUUGCUGAUGGAUGUCCUCUUUUGGAAAAGCUUGACCUUUGCCAGUGUCCUGCGAUCUCUGAUAAGGCUUUGGUUGCAAUUGCGAAGAAGUGCCCUAAUCUGACUGAGUUAUCAAUUGAGUCAUGUUCAAACAUUGGGAAUGAAGGUCUGAAAGCUAUUGGACAAAGAUGCCCCAAUCUUAAAUGCAUUGCAAUAAAAAAUUGCAGCCUUGUGGGUGAUCAAGGGAUUGCAAGCUUGUUAUCUUCCACCUCUUAUGUCCUGACAAAGGUGAAGCUUCAGGCAUUGAACAUCACAGAUGUGUCUCUUGCUGUUAUUGGACAUUAUGGCAAGGCCAUUACUGAUCUAGUUCUAAGUAGCCUUCCUGCUGUGGGUGAGAGAGGCUUCUGGGUCAUGGGAAAUGGUCAGGGGCUGCAGAAGUUGAAGUCCUUAACAAUCACAUCCUGUCAAGGUGUGACAGAUACAGGGCUUGAAGCUGUAGGAAAGGGUUGCCCAAAUAUGAAACUGUUUUGCCUUCGGAAAUGUGCAUUUGUUUCUGAUAAUGGACUGGUCUCCCUUGCCAAGGCUGCAGGAUCAAUUGAGAGCUUUCAAGUAGAGGAGUGCCACAGGAUCACCCAAUAUGGCUUUUUUGGUCUUCUUUUGAACUGUGGUGCAAAAUUGAAAGCUAUUUCUCUUGUGUACUGCUUGGGAAUCAAGGACCUGAAUGUGGGUUUACCUCUGUUGCCCCCUUGCAAAUCCCUGCGAUCAUUGUCCAUUCGUAACUGUCCUGGAUUUGGUAAUGCUAACUUGGCUGUUUUGGGCAAACUGUGCCCUGAACUGCAGCAUGUGGACUUCAAUGGACUUGAAGGGAUAACAGAUGCUGGGUUUCUCCCACUUCUUGAUAGCUGUGAAGCUGGGUUGACAAAGGUUAAUCUCAGUGGUUGUGUGAAUCUGACAGACAAGGUGGUUUCAUCAAUGGCUGAGCAGCAUGGUUGGACUUUGGAAAUUCUAAACCUUGAAGGUUGUACGAAGAUCAGUGACGCGAGCUUGGUAUCUAUUGGUGAUAACUGCCCUUUGCUCAGUGAUCUUGAUGUCUCAAGAUGCGCAAUCACUGAUUUUGGUAUUUUAGCCCUGGCCCGUGCAAAUCAGCUCAAUCUGCAGGUCCUUUCCGUGUCUGGUUGCUCUUUGAUAUCGGACAAGAGUUUGCUUGCCUUUGGAAAAAUAGGUCAGACUCUUUUGGGACUGAAUCUGCAGCACUGCAAGUCAAUCAGCAGUAGCUCAGUUGACAGGCUUGUGGAGGAGCUAUGGAGGUGCGAUAUCCUUUCCUAGAUGGGGAGGAAAUGAUAGGAGUCUCAUUGCAGAAUCAGAAUGGCAAAAUAAGUAGAUGGGUGUAUUACUAAUUAGAAAUCCGCAGGUUUUAGUCCGCAGUUUGUUACUAGCAGCAGUUUGUUUACUUUUUGGGUCCAUCAGCUGUGGGUCUUCAGUCUACCGUCGUCCCAGUUCUCUUUUCCAGGGAAGGUGGCCAUGGCUCCUUUUUUUGCAGGUUUCCGCAAAUGGGACUCUGUUUCCAAGUUUUUUGGCUCUUUUGUUACAAGAUGUCGCUUUAUUCAUGGCCAUAUUUCCCUGAGGACACUGCUACUGGGUUCUGGAUCUAGGCUCUCUUUUCACUUAUUCUGGUUUUUGUAUUGCUAGGAGUAGGAACCCUCCAUUUUUUUAGCUUUGCCUUGUGUUGGUAGUCCACCACCAUGUGCUAAAGCUUUUCUACAGCUGGAAUUCCGUACUCCUAGUUUCAAGUCUUUCGAUGGUCGUUGGUUUUACCGAGUCUUUCACGUUUUUGAACAUGGCUUCUGUACGUGAUGGUUGGUUCAUCAUUUUCCUCAAAGGGUGGUUUGAGGUUUAGGUUUCUAGUCUUUUGAAAUCUGGUUGCUUUUGGCAGUUUUGAAUCUUUGAUGCCUGUGUUUUGGGGACUUUGGCCGUGGCAGCUGGUUAAUAUAUGGUCUGCCAUGACAACCCUCUUCCAUCCAUCUUGGAAGGGUUGUUUUUUUCACCAAGUCCUACUUUUUCGGGCCUCAUUUGUUCAUAAACUGUACUUCGCAACCUCUUUCAUUAUGUAAUAAACCUGAUAUCUGCCCUUUGCGUUGUAUGCUUCUGAAUGGUAAAUAAAAGUUCCUAGUGUUUGUGUUUU